GAGCUGUAGCCCCAUCCCAGGUUGUCCUGCUCGCUCCGAUAGGUGGCUGGUGGCUGGCGGUGGGUGGGGUGACGGGGACAAACAAUGUGGCUGAGGCUACCUGGAGUCCCGUCCUUGGGACUGCGCUUCGGGUUGCGGGCAGCUCAGCAGCAACUGCAACUGAUGCGGAAGAGGAAGUUAAGCGGAGGCAUGGAGGAAGAGGCAAAAAGGAAAGCUGGUUACAUGGCUGUGGAUAAUCACGUGCAAAACAACCAAGCAUUGGGUAUCGGCAGUGGAUCCACAAUAGUCUAUGCUGUUGACAGAAUAGCUAAGCGGGUUCGAGACGAGAGUCUGAAAAUAGUCUGUGUGCCUACCUCUUUCCAGGCUCGUCAACUAAUCCUACAGCAUCAGUUGACUCUCAGUGACCUGGAUAGACACCCUGAGCUCGAUGUUGCUAUUGAUGGUGCAGAUGAGGUGGACUCUGAUCUUAACUUAAUCAAAGGUGGAGGAGGUUGUUUGACUCAGGAGAAGAUUGUUGCUGGCUGUGCCAAGGAAUUCAUUGUUGUUGCAGAUUACAGGAAGGAUUCCAAAAGUCUCGGGGAGAAAUGGAAAAGAGGUGUUCCAAUUGAAGUCAUCCCGAUGGCUUACGUGCCCGUUACCAAGGCGAUUGCUGCCAAGUUUGGUGGGGCAGCUGAGUUACGAAUGGCUGUCAAUAAAGCUGGUCCAGUGGUGACGGAUAACGGCAAUUUCAUCUUGGAUUGGAAGUUUAAUAACAUUUCUGACUGGAAGAAUGUGAAUGUUGGCAUUAAAAUGAUUCCAGGAGUGGUAGAGACUGGAUUAUUCAUCGGCAUGGCAGAGAGAGUUUACUUUGGCCUGGAGGAUGGAUCUGUCUGCUUCCGAGAUAGAUGUUCACAUUGAUGAAGAGCGAGAAGAGCUGAGUCUUCUCAUACCUGUAAAGAUCACCUUGCCUUAAAUGAAUUGUCCUGCCAAAUAUCUUAUUUACAUAUUUUUUUUAAGAAAUUGUUACAUCGCUUGUUUUUUUACAUAUAAAAUGGGUACGGGCGAAGCCUUAGCUCGUGUGACGAAAUAAUACCUGCCUUAUGCUGACUUAUAUCUGAGAGUGAGGAAAGUUGUGGGGUUGGGUGUGGUUUGUGCACAGAUUCCUUGCAUUUCUGCUACCUUUGAAGUAAGCAGGCAAGUAAGCAACUUGACUACCAGGCCCAGAGAUAGAACGUGUUCUCUCCCUACUCUGGACACACAAUUAUGGAAUAACUAGUCGAAGUGUAACAUGCUGCAGAAUAUGGAACUCUGUACCUUUGAAGACGCGUUUCAUACUGUGACCAUGGACCUAGAUCACUGAGCGGGUUACUGCAUCUGACAAAAGGGGGUGGGUUGGUGGUCCGGUACUGUGGAUCCAGACAGUAUGUGUAUUCAUCCAGUUCUCUCUCAUUACUGAGUUUAGUGACUCUCCCAUCCAUUCUAUGUGCUGUCAGCUUUACAUAAUCGUUUGAAGGAAGGGAAGUUAGCCACUUUUGUUUACUCGAGAUGAAUCCUGACGGUGGCGAGAAAGCUCCAGCCUCAGUUCCUGUUGACCCUCUUAGUGUGUAUACCAGUUCACUGAAAGUGAAGAUGCCUGGAUGAAGGGAAACCUGCAUGUUAGUUUAGUCGCAUUUUUGAUGUACUUUGAGCCAGCGAUUGCUGAUCAUCUUUGAACUGGUUUGAAAUUUACAGCUCUUCAUGUGGUUUACACUGUUGUCUUGAGCCAAAUGAAGCUGGUUGGCCAUGUGACUGCCUUAAAGCACCGUUCGCCUUAGUUACACUCUCUGUUAAACAUUCUGUGCUGUACCACUUGGCCUGCAGCUGUUUUAUGGUUGGUGUGUUUUCUGGGGAUCCUCAGUUAACCAGGUUCAGCGAAUACUUUGCAACUUUUUUUCUCAUCAGUGAGCAUGGAUGUUUAAUUUUAGUGCAUCACUUUUAACUGGAUCAAUGAAUAUAUUGUUUUAUACAUCUAAUAAAAAGAAUGUUACACUA